AUGGCUCAUUCCAUGUUUUCCCAAGCAGAUCAGGUAAUAUUUCAAGACAUUUUGGGAGGAAGAAAAGUGAUACUUAAUGCUCCAAAGAAACUGAACGCCCUCGGCUAUGAGAUGAUAUUACAAAUGUUCGAGAACCUACAAACUUACGAGAUGGAUCCAACCGUAAAGAUUGUUGUUCUUAAGGCAUACGGUAAAGUAUUUUCUGUUGGUGGUGAUCUCGUGGCUGCAUGGAAAAUUAUACCUCUUGCACAUUGGAGUGUCGUGGCAACUUAUUAUAGGAAAGUAUUUACAUUGGACUACCUGCUUGCAACAUAUAAGAAGCCCAUGGUUGCGAUUAUAGAUGGAGCUGUUAUGGGAGGAGGAGUUGGGAUAUCGAUACAUUCAACAUUCAGAAUUGUUACUGAAAAUACGAUAUUUGCUAUGCCUGAAGCAUCAAUUGGACUGUUUCCUGAUGUUGGUGCUUCUUAUUUUCUAUCACGACUUCCUGGAUUUUUUGGAGAAUAUAUGGGAUUGACCGGCACUCGAUUGGAUGCAGCUGAGAUGCUUGCAGUUAAGCUAGGAACUCAUUUUGUCCCUUCCCAGAAAUUACAAUCUUUGGAGAAGGCUCUAGAAAAAUUGGUUGCUUCAUCAAAUGCAACAUGCUUAGCAACAAUGUCCAUAGUCAUUAACAAGUUUGCACAAGAAGUAAAAGUCAAGCCAACUAGCCCUAUUUCCAGACUUGAGUUGAUCAACAAAUGCUUCUCUGGAGACUCGUGUGAAGAAAUACUAUUCUCACUUGAACGCUUGCCUAUGGAAGUAAAAGAGAAGUGGAUCCACAAUGCAAUAACUUCAAUGAAAUCCGCAUCUCCAAUUGGCCUCAAGAUUUUCUUGAGAACCAUUAGAGAAGGUCGAUCCAAAAAUAUCAAGCAAUGUCUUGAGACCGAAUACAUUGCUAUCUCUCACUUUCUACGUGGAACUGUUAGUAAUGACUUCUACGAGUUUACAUGGAAUUGA